GGUGUUCCCCGUGCCCCCCGCCUUCUUUGCGCCCCCCGCCCGUGCUUCCACCCCGCUAUCCCCGUGCCUCCCGGCUCCCCGUGCUUCCCGCUUUCCCCGUGUUUCCCGUUUCCUCCGUUCUUCCCGCCUUUCCCGUGCCUCCUGCCUUUCUCGUGCUUCCCGUUUUUCCCGUGCUCCCCGCCCUCCCUAUGCUUCCCGCUUUCCCUAUGCUGCCCGCCCUCCCUAUGCUUCCCGCUUUCCCCGUGCCUCCCGCUUUCUUCGUGCUUCCCGCUUCCCCCGUGCCCCCCGCUUUCCCCGUGCUUCCCGCUUCCGCCGUGCGUCCCGCCUCCGCCGUGCUUCCCGCUUUCCAUCCCCGCGCUUGCCGUUUUCCCCCUGCUUCCAGCGCUCCCCGUGCUUCCCGCUUUCCCCGUGCUUCCCGCUUUCCCCGUGUUUCCCGCCUUCCCCGUGCUUCCCGCCUUCCCCGUGUUUCCCGCUUUCCCGCCGUAAUUCUCGCGAGGACAUUGAUAAUCAAUUUGCAACAUUAGAACAACCUCGAAAACAGAUCUAGGCUACACCUCGAUCAGAAAUCCUAGGUAGAAUAGAGUCAAAGCCUAGGAUUUCUGAUCUGGGCUACACCUAGUAGUGCCCGUAUAUCUGAUCGAAAUUAGACGCACUCAGAACUUCUACCUGUAUUCCAGGAAGUUAAUUUUUUCUACUAUUUCCUCCGUUCUCUUCUUGUCUACAACGAAAAGCGAAGAAAUUGGCUCUGAGGCUGUUCUGCUCGUCGUGCAGUAUAGUGAAUUUCUACCCCAAAUAAAUAAUCUAAAAUGGCCCCGUCUUUGCUCACGAAGUUGGCAGCCGCUGGCGUAGUUGCCGGCAGCUCGGUGCUUUAUUUCUCCUCGUUGCUGAAACUGACGACGAGCCCGGUGACCCUCGUGUCGGCGGUGCGGGUUCAAGCGUCUUCUUCGGCGGGGCCGCGUGAUAGGUCCACCUCGGCGGGGCGUGGUAGGUCCCUGUCGCCGCAACGGUCCACUUCGUCGAGAUCGUAUCGGUCCCUGUUUUCGUCCUCGAGUCGUAUCGCAAGAAAAAGUGUGACAGUUACACGCAUAGUCUUUGCAAGACCGACAACACAAACAGCCUCUCUCAUGCACGAAAUGCUUGGGAGCUUCGUUUCCUUCCUGUUUUCUCUUAUGAUCUUCGCAUUAUGCCACACAGAGAAAAUUUGUGAUGCAGAAACUCCAACAAAUGUGUAACUGUAACACUUUUUUCUCGUGAUGAGUCGUGGCUCUGGCACGGAAUAUCAAAUGCAAAAGUGUCUGGGUCUGGAGGAGUGCGCGACUUGUCGUGCAGCUUUUCCAUGACCCAUGAGGCCUGCUGGAAUGCAGGACCUAGCGUGACAGCUUCUGUGCGAUCUCUCCCAUGCCUAUCCUGCAUGAGAAACAAACUCCCUCCCGACUUGGUUUAACCUGGACACCUUUUGGUAAUCAUGCAACACAGAUUUUUGCAUGCUUCAGAUUUAGCAUAACAGGUUGCAUUCUUGUUCCAGACCCACACUUUUACAUUUGAUACUGCAUUCUUCGACAUUCCAGAAACAUUCCAGUGCGCCAUUUGUCAACAAUAUCCAAGAAAAAAAGGCUCAGAUUCGUUGUUUUUUGCUGGGCCAGCAUUUUUACAAAUCUGCCAGGUCGUUGACAGCAAAUAAAAGCUGUCGACGUUCGGAGAUCCUUGCACGUGGAAACGCACUUGCAUUGAUUGACCCUACAAGUUGUAUGCAUGACCAGUCGAUGACAAACGCUGACGCAAUCAUCUUAGUGCAUGUUCUUGCGCAUCACAAACUUACAACCUACAGUCUUGUUCUGUUGGAUAUAGAAGAUUGCGUGCCACGGCCAGGUGGAGCUCCAUUGUGUCUGGUCAAGAGCCACUUCGUGGAUCAGCACGUCUGCGCAGCAUGCGAUGCAGCGUAUGUUGCGUAUGCUGCGCGUUCUGGCGACCACAACAGGUGUGUGAUGUGCCGUGAUGUCAGACCACUUCAGAUCGAGCCUCCUGAGCAAGAAAGGAAUGCCCUCGAGGAAGCGGUCAUGUCGACCGCCUCAGACCAGGCUAUACAGCUGGAGCGAGUAAAAUACAUGGCGUAUACUAGUCGAGACGACCAAGAUAAGUGGCUCAUGAUUUGGUUUGUCAACAUAUGCUCGCGCUCCAAGUAGAAAAUGCUCAAUACUUCUUGAUCCAGAAUCGCAAAGCAACAAAAGGUGUAAAGAUCUCAAGGCACGAACAAAGGACAGGAACAGAAGAGACAGGCGGCAUAUGCAAAUGUGAAGCCCAAGGUGUAAGAGUAUAACAAAUUGAAUGGAACGAUAAAGAUAGAGAUACAAUGCGCAUGAACAUGAAUUCUCGACAGCCUUGAUGUACUCCACAGGCCUUGAGUCAUGCACUCUAGUAUGCAUGACGAGCGCCAUGCUUGAAUCUAUAUAAAUAUCCUGACCUACUGGAAUACUUGCAUUGCGUUCUGUUCUUAGAUAGUGUUCAGCAUUUUUCGACUGCUUUGGUUCGGGAUUCACGCAGAGCGGAGAUCGCCUUCCCGGCUCUGAACUGUUACCAUGCAGGAAAGUACACCCAUACUAGGAAGAGAGUAAAUGUGUGCUACUAGUCAUGAAGUCGACGCAUCCCUAAAAUCUCUGAUGUCAUGCGGAGACCAGAAGCAGAACCGUCAUGCCAAGCAGAGAGGUACCCCCGAAGGAGUUUGUCAUGCGCAGCAUACAGAUUUCAUUUUUUUUGUGGUAUGUGUGUACUCUUCUGCGGAAUACUUGUGCCUGCAUGUCAAAGUGGACGACACUGGCUUGUUGCUUUUGUCGCUUUCUACAACGAUUCCGAACGAGGGGAGAGCCCUGCGGGUUUGGCGGGAUGGGCCUUUCAAUCUGACAAAGUGGCAGCAGAAAUUUUUGCUGCAUUUAGCUGCAAGACCCGGCGUCGACCACUCCGGCUCGGCGAGAAUUACUUCCCGCACGCCGACUGUUUUGGCUACUACUUAUGAUAUUGAAGUUGACACGACCCUGGUCCGUCCAUGUAUUGCUCUCAGUCGAGAAAUACACCGGAGGGCUCACAAAUACUGGUAGUUUAGUUCUACUUUUCGUGGAGGGGCAUCUUACUCCAUAUACAGAGGAUUUUCAUCAGCAGAAGAGUGCGAGCGUCACAUCUGCCGCGAAUCGCAACGCAAUACCUGUUCGGCUGACUUCCAGCCCUAUCUUGUGCACUGUCAUGCUCAAUGCCAAAUUAUAUGCAAUGGAAGCCAUCUCGACGAGGUCGGCUUCUGUGUGUUGAGGUCGGCUUCUGUGUGUUGAGAUCGCCGAAAGAUCUUCCCUGCCUAUCCCCCUGGGAGGGGAUCCGUUGCCCGUGGCUCUGGCUGCGGCUGCGGGUGUCCACUCGUUGUUGUUAUAAGAAAUGCUUCUCAAUAUGGUGCAGCUUGAGAACGAGCAUGGGAUAUAAUUGGGUCGUGUUUUCAUAAUGAUAGUGGCGGGGCCAACGUGUCGCUAUCGAGCAUUGCAAAACGAGGACCAGCUGGCAAAGCGGAAGCCUUGCAAAACAGAAGGCGCAAGUACUCGUGCCGCAAACUCUUUCUGCAAGACUUCAAAAACCUUGGCGACAGUUCCUAUCUUCGCGCGGCAGAAGAAACCCUAAACCACCACUGGGGGCCGUCUUCUGCCGUCUCGACACUGGGCCAGUGGAUGCUAUAUGCUAUGGAAACGAGUUACGCGGCUCCCGCUUCCGUGGCAAACCUACAGACGCUACUUCGGCGAGAUCUACUUCAAACCUACCCGCCGCUGGCUCCGCGUCCGCCACAGGACGUUCAGGCGCUGCCUCCGCACCACGAACCGCUGAGAAAUAUUAUGGGAAUAAAUAGAAGAGAUAGAGACCAAUAAAUAUCAAUAUCGAUAUCCAUAAAAAUGCGAGCGCUGGCAUCGCCGGUGCCUCGUUAUAGAUUCGUAGCGAGGAGCAAAAAAUUACGCUGUGUACUUACUCAUGCUAUGGUAUCCGUAUUUUGUUCUGAUUCUGAUAGUGGUGCGACAGAGACAGAACUAGAGCUCCAAAGCAGUUCAUGGAAAAAAGCUCCGACAAGCCAAACCGCGCGCUUUGCUGUAAUCUAUAUCAGAGCCAGCCUCACCCGAGCGCUUUUGUACACUUCACUAACAAUCCAAGAACUUAGAGCGAUCAUAUAAGAUUUACAUCGUACAUAGUCGAACUCCGGGUGUAAAAGUAUAGCAAUCGACUCGACCCGCAUUUUUCUGCAAGAUUUGCCAACAGUUGCACGAGGGCGCAAAAAGCACGCACGUACAGCGGAGCGGAGCGGCAGCAGAACUAUCUCAGCUAGACCGACGAAGCCCUCUUGAGUCGAAGUAUGUGUAUUUGGAUAGUGGUUUAAGACGUCUACUGUAUUUGAAAAAUGAACAUAGAAGAGGCUUUUUUCCUUGAAAAGGAAUGGAAAAAGCCCAGUAGUGUGCUUUACUUAUUAAACAAGUAUAUUUCUCUUUAUUAAACUUACAAAUAAUAUUUGUCGACACCUCAGCUGUACCAGUUCAAAGUAGACGCUAUGUAAAGCACUCCGACGUAGCGCUCAAAUCAGUAGACUUCGUUCAUGAGAGAGAUGAAGCGCAGCGUCAUCGUCAGCAUAUACAAAAUCUCUACAAGUUGCAGCGGCAGCCGACUUGCCGACGCAGGUGUGUCUAUUCACACAAAUUCGCAGUGGGUCUACUCACACAAGUGAGCAUUAGUCCGGUUGUUGAUCUUGACGCUGACGCCUGAAAGCCAAACACUCACUCGAAAAAGUGUAUGAUUCAUUCUAUCGGGAAAAGUGAAAGUCUGUUGCCUGAGGUCGGGCAUGCUGCUGCGCUCCGCGCAUGAAAACUCUUCGAUGAUAUAUCCCUUCACAGGCACGCCCGAUUUGAAUAAUCAAGAU